CCUAUAUGGAUCAUUCCUUGGAAAUAAGGGCUAGACUUUAAUAUGCCUUGACCGUCGUCAUCUGGUGUACUCUGGUACAUUGGCACCCUUUACUUACCUUUCCCGGUCCCAGUUGCAUUUCCCCGCCCACAUGGCUUAAUGUACUGGCAGAGAGCUCUCAUACUGGCCGAAGCGGGGUGGCACAGAUGACUCUCGGGCUGUCAUCAGGCCGAUGACAUAGUUACCUACCUCCGCCAUCAGGUAGAGGUACACCUGGUACAUCCACCACCGUGGAACCCCUCCUUCUUGCUUUCCUCUCCAAAACUCUGUUUCGACCUCAGGUGUUGUUGUUGACGCCUUGUUGGACGGCUCCCUGAUCGUGUGCUUUGCAAUUGGGAUUUCCAGCUAGAAUACGGAAUAUCUCGUUGAUAUCUCCAUACAGGCCAGGGCUUUUUCGACACGACCGCAUCUUCUUAAUAGCAGCUGUGCGAGACUAUCUGAGCCUUUUCCAUCGUUUACAUUCCCCCGAUGGCCUCUGCUCUGCGGGAACGCCGCUCCUCCAUGGGAGCUCCAAUUUCCGAGCUGCAAGGUCCUGUAGGACCUGGCUUCAGUCGGCCGAAGCACAAACGUACUUUUACGGGCUUUGGGCCAAGGGAUAUCAAGAAAGUCGUAGCUAGCAUUCCUGAACCGCAGAGACAAGCCUGGCGGAAAUUCGCUCCUCAGGCAUUCAAAACAAAGGAAGAAUUUGAGAAAGAGGUUGUUCGCCAUGUCGAGACCACCCUUGCACGCUCUUUAUUCAAUUGCGAUGAGCUGGCCGCAUACUCUGGAACCGCUCUCGCAUUUCGUGACCGACUGGUCAUUGAUUGGAAUAAAACUCAGCAACGUCACACCUUUGCUGAUCAAAAAAGGGUGUAUUACCUCUCUCUCGAAUUCUUAAUGGGGCGUGCCCUUGAUAAUGCGAUGCUGAAUGUGGGGCUCAAGGAUGUUGCGAAAGAUGGCUUGUCCGAUCUCGGUUUCCGUAUCGAGGAUGUAAUUGAUCAAGAGAAUGAUGCUGCGCUCGGAAACGGUGGCUUGGGCCGUCUUGCUGCUUGUCUCCUUGACAGCCUUGCAAGCAUGAAUUAUCCUGCUUGGGGCUAUGGCCUGCGUUACCGCUAUGGUAUAUUCAAACAAGAAAUCGUCAAUGGAUAUCAGAUUGAAGUUCCGGAUUACUGGCUAGACUUUAACCCUUGGGAAUUUCCCCGACAUGAUGUAACUGUGGAUAUCCAAUUCUACGGCGAAGACAAAAAAUACCAUGAUCAAACCGGAAAGCUCGUUCAUUCCUGGGAAGAUGGCGAAAUUGUUCAAGCAGUAGCAUAUGAUGUUCCUAUUCCUGGCUAUGAUACACCAACCACGAACAACCUUCGCCUUUGGUCGAGCAAGGCUGCUAGCGGCGAGUUCGACUUCCAAAAGUUUAACGCAGGCGAUUACGAGAGCGCUGUUGCGGAUCAGCAACAGGCCGAGACUAUCUCUGCAGUGCUCUACCCUAAUGACAACCUUCAGCGUGGAAAAGAACUACGAUUGAAACAGCAAUAUUUCUGGUGCGCAGCUUCUCUCUUCGAUAUUGUUCGCAGAUUCAAAAAGACGAAGCGGCCAUGGAGCGAAUUCUCCCAUCAAGUUGCUAUACAAUUGAACGAUACACAUCCUACUCUUGCGAUUGUUGAGUUGCAGCGAAUCCUUGUUGACCAGGAAGGUCUUGACUGGGACGAAGCUUGGGGCAUUGUUCAAGGAACAUUUGGUUAUACAAAUCAUACUGUUUUGCCUGAAGCAUUGGAGAAAUGGUCUGUCGACUUGAUCCGGCAUCUGUUACCAAGACAUCUAUCCAUCAUCUUUGAUAUCAACCUCGGAUUCCUGCAAUGGGUCGAGAAAACGUUUCCCAACGACCGUGACUUGCUAACCCGCGUAUCUAUCAUUGAAGAGUCCAGCCCGAAAAUGGUGCGAAUGGCGCAUUUAGCAAUAAUUGGUUCUCACAAGGUCAAUGGAGUUGCCGAACUCCAUUCUGAUCUCAUUAAAACGACAAUUUUCAAAGAUUUCGUUGAAAUAUAUGGCCAGGAUAAGUUCACCAACGUUACCAAUGGAAUAACACCGAGAAGAUGGUUGCAUCAAGCGAACCGUCGCUUAUCUGAUCUCAUUGCUUCAAAACUUGGCGGGUACGAAUUCUUGAAGGAUCUGACGCUGUUAGACAAGCUAGAACGCUAUCUGGACGACAAAGAGUUUAAGAAACAAUGGGCUGAGGUCAAGUACCAGAACAAAGUCAGACUCACCAAGCACAUUUACGAUACUACUAGGGUUAGAGUCAACCCCGAGGCACUAUUUGACAUCCAAGUCAAACGAAUUCACGAAUAUAAGCGGCAGCAGCUGAAUAUCUUUGGCGUGAUUCACCGGUACCUAAAAAUCAAAGCUAUGACGCCUGAGGAACGUAAGAAGGUUAUCCCUCGAGUGUCUAUUUUUGGCGGAAAAGCCGCUCCGGGUUAUUGGAUGGCAAAGACAAUCAUCCACCUUAUCAAUAAGGUUGGAGAGGUCGUGAAUAACGACCCAGAAAUUGGUGAUCUGCUGAAGGUUAUCUUUAUUGAGGACUAUAACGUCAGCAAAGCGGAGAUGAUCUGCCCAGCUUCUGAUAUCAGCGAGCACAUAUCAACUGCUGGGAUGGAGGCUAGUGGCACAAGCAACAUGAAGUUCGUGCUAAACGGCGGACUUAUUAUUGGGACUUGUGACGGUGCGAAUAUCGAAAUUACCCGCGAAGUUGGCGAGCAAAAUAUCUUCCUAUUUGGUAAUCUAGCUGAAGAUGUCGAUGACCUACGACACGCCCACGUCUAUAAUCCGUCGAGCAUAGAGUUCGAUCCAGACCUUCGUGCCGUCUUCGAUUGUAUCCUCUCCGGAAAAUUUGGUAGCGCAGAGGAGUUUUCAGCGAUUAUCGACUCUAUCGUUGACCAUGGAGAUUACUAUCUCGUGAGCGAUGAUUUCCAUUCAUAUAUCGAGACACAAGGUCUCGUUGAUGACGCAUAUAAAAACCAGGAUGGCUGGGUUGAAAAGUGCAUUCAGAGCGUUGCGAGAAUGGGGUUCUUUUCUUCGGAUAGGGUUAUUUCUGAAUAUGCUGAAAGCAUUUGGAACGUUGAACCUGUAGAGGUGAACGAAUAAAGGCACUCGUGGUCUAUAAAAGGAUCCCAAUCUGUCAAGCACAUGAGCAAAUGAAGAGGUCGACCGGGACUGAUCACAAAAUCAAUUGAUACGUUUUUGCCUUUUCAACGUUGUUUUAACGCAAGGAGAAUUGAACCUUUAUUAUCCAAUUUGUACUCGAGAAUGUGGCACUAUAUUACCUGCAUCGAUAUUUCUGGAUCUGUUGCAUUACUUCUAUAUGCAUAAGCAUUCGCUCGAACUUUUUUUUCCCUCUUUUCUUCUUUUUUUCCUCCCUACCUAGCUACGUAGAAAUCUUAAAAUUCGAGUUGAUGGAG